CGAGCGGUGCGGCAUCCAAGACUCAGGAAGCACAAGGCUUGAAUCUACGCUAGAGCAGCCAAAAUAUAACCAUCGUGUCGAUGACGGAGGCGAUCACGGCCUUCUCUGAAUGCACAGGCACCCUGUACUAUGCGUUCACUCAGGAGCAGGUCGACGACCUCCUUCACUCCGCAUUUGGGCAGAUGACACAGCCCGAGACCGCGUUCCUCGACGUGUUCAAGGAGAACGCCGACCUGCAAGACCGGGCGCGCAUUGCCGAACUGUGUGGAAUGGCGGCCGUUGGGAUCUAUUACGAACGGCGGUCGGAUCAGGAUAGCGGACCGCCGGCAGCUCUCGCGGAGUACUUUUAUGUGAUCUCCAAGCUCAUGCUAGACAGCUCCAUCGCGGCGCAUCCGCUGCGGGCGAUGAAGGUCUGUUCUUUGUUGGCGAUGUACAACAUCGUCGUGAAGGCCUCCGUGGCCCUGGAAUAUGUCGAACUGGGACUCGCGCUGGGAAACCGCCACGGCAUGGAUAAGCCCGAGUGUCCGCCAACAUUGAGCGCGGAAGAGUUCCUAGACUACAAGCGCACCUGGAGGACCCUCGUGCUGUUUUCAGGCUGGCUUGGGGCGACCCUCGGGUACAUUUCGGCGCAUGCAAACGGUGCGUUGAAACUGUGGGAAGGGGAGAAGGACAUUGGCGAGGACGGGAUCGUCCAACUGGAGAUGGUCAAGAUCACCAUCAUCAAGGCGAAAAUCGUCCAAACGAUGCCCGACGAAAGCACCGCCAACAAUGCGAACGAUGCGACCAUCGAUUGGCUUCGCCAAGAGCUUCGAACCCUCUAUGACGGAUUGCCGGAACGGAUGGCCAUCCGUAACCUUCAGGAGCAACGGCAUGACCAACGGUUGCGACGGGCCAUCUUUUACGUCCAUCUCUUCUAUCUCUCGGCCAUGGAGCUCCUGCAUCGCCGUGCCAUGGCAAGCUCCUUGGCCUUUGAUCAGUCGGUCGACCUUUCGUUUAUAGCGCCGUCAUCCUACGUGAAUGCUGCUGUUCGCGAAGGACUGAUGGCGGCCAAAAUGGCAACGAGAAUCCUCGCGUUGAUGAAAGAGGAUGACGCCAUGGUGCAGAUUUGUUGGUUAUGCAUUUAUACCGCAUAUACGGCUGGGAUCAUCAUCUUAUACACCGCGGUCCGGAAAGUGCUGAAUGGGUUCCCAUCAGCCUCCUGGUCCGCCGACAUGACCCUUGCGACGACAUGUAUCAACACGCUCGAUUACUGCGGAGAGGUCGAUGACGUAGCCACGCGGUUUCGGGAGACGUUGCAGACCUAUCUCAGCACAUUGCAAAACGCGGUAGAUGGGGAAGUGAACGAGAACCUCGGCAGGGACAUCGAGGAAGAGUCGUCGGUUGAGUACCUUUUCGGCAUCAAACACGGCUCCUCCGACCUCCAGAAAGCAUCCCGGGACCUCCUCAGUUUGCUUCAACGGCCCUUCCGAAAGUCUCUCGAGCUGAUGCCGCAAGGUGUUGCCGGUCCCCAGCUGAACAGCACGCUUAUCAACUGGAUGGAGGCCGCGCUGGGCGCGUCUGGAGAAUGGGUCUGGGAGUUGCAGAAUUGCGGGAUCGAGGUCGGAUAUGGCAUGGGGAAUGACAACCAUCUAGAAGAAAUCAUUUCCGCACUAGAUUCGGGUUAUUUCGUUGGAACUGCUACCGAUGCAGGAUGGAAGAUGUGGACGCCCCAUAUGGCAUGAAGCAUUAUGAGCAACGCGAACCAUCAAGUCGCCAAUGAUAGACAAGUUGAUAGUACCUUAACCCCAGUAUAAUAACUUGCUGGCAUUUGCAGGUACUCUAUAGCGACAUGACGCGCUGUUGAUUCCACCAGAGGAGUCUUGUCCUGGAGCGACUUGUAAGGAGCAACUUGUAACUUGUACUUGUACGGGCCCAACGGGGUAAUACAAAAUCGGAAGUUUGUUUGCGGCGGGAUGAACCACUACCAACAGCAACGUAGAUUUCAUUUGACGCCUAAGGCCUUAAGGCACC